AUGAGGAUACUAAAGCCAACAUGGAUAGAGCAUAAUGGCUUCCCAAUAUUCACAGUUGAUAUACAUCCUGAUGGUACAAGGUUCGCCACUGGUGGCGGUGAUAAUAGAGUUAAAAUAUGGAGUAUAGCACCGGUGGCAUUGUUGGAGGCCGAGGACGACCCGAGCGUGCCCAGACUGCUGAAGGCCAUCGAUGCGCACUACGCCCCAGUCAACUCGGUGAAGUGGUCGCGGGACGGCCGCUAUCUGGCGUCGGGCUCCGACGACAAGACCGUCCAGAUAUGGGGUCUGUCGUCAUUUGGCGCCGGUGUCUCGUUUGGCGGUGGCAACACGGAGAAGACCAUCGAGAACUGGAUCAACGUUGCCACUCUACGCGGUCACACCGCUGACAUCAGUGAAGUUGCUUGGUCAUUCGACGGCAAGAUGUUAGCAACAUGUAGCUUUGACAAGUCUAUCAUCAUUUGGGAUUGUACAUCAACAUCAUUCAAGAUGAUCAAACAGUUGAGUGAACAUAAAGGUAUUGUGAAGGGAUUGGCAUGGGACCCUAUUGGUAGAUACCUGGCGACACAGUCUGAUGACAAGUCGGUCAUCAUCUGGCGUUGUUCAGAUUGGCAAGUGGAGACAACCAUAACAGAACCAUUCCAACAAGAGAACACUUCAUUCUUUCUACGACCUUGUUGGUCCCCUGAUGGUCAAACAUUAUGUGCACCUCAUGGGGUCAAUAAUCACUCACAGACUGCGGUGAUCAUACAGAGAACGAGUUGGGAGGUUGGUUGUGCAUUUGUUGGUCACAAGAAACCAAUUUCAAUCGCACGUUAUAGUCCAGUGAUCUUUACCAUGGGAAAGAAACAUACGCCAUACUGCUGUAUCGUGUUGGCCGGACUGGACAACACUAUCACGAUGUGGUCGUCGGCCACGCCUCGCCCGGUGAUGGUCACACGCACAUUAUUCGAACAGUCGAUACAGGAUAUCUCAUGGGCACCCGACGGACACUCGAUGAUCUGCUGCAGCACCGAUGGCACGGUUGGCUUCAUCGAGAUGACGCCCGAGGAGAUUGGCGGCACGCCAAUGCCCACCGCCGAGAAGGAGCUGUUCAUCAAGAAGGCCUACGGCGAUGCGGUCAGGAUUGGCGCCGAUGGUCUGAUCAUUGGCAUGUCGGCAUCGCACGCGCUUAACGGUGGCGCCAGUCACUUGAUGCUGGCCGAGAACCCUGACCAGCUGGCGAUGGAGGAUUCAAACAACGACAGACCAAGCUCUUCAAAGUCCAACAAUGGUCACGGGGGCUCACAGCCACCCGCCACGCCCAUUCAGAUACACCCGACACAAGUCGCUAUGCAGAAACAGACGCAGACAAUCGUUGGCGGACGCAGGAGGAUCACGCCACUCAAUCUUGGCGGAUCGAGCGCCGAUCAAACCAUCACAAGACCCUCGCCCGUUGCCAUCCCAUCACACAUCCAUCUCAACACUGACAGCUCAAAGACUGGCAGCAGUCCCUUUGCCACACCAACAAAGCCAAUCAAUGGAGUAUCGACCAGCAAUGAGAGCAAUGGCAGCGCAGGCAAGAGUACGCUCAUGAGCGGUCUCGAGGCAAGAGGCAUGGGCAUGGGCGGUGAUGUGAGCAUGACCGACAUAUCACCUCCAAGGCCACCUUCAACAAAGACUACACCAAACAAAGAUACUCCAGCCCCAAGCACUGGCAAACAAUCAUCAUCAUCAACUACAUCGACGACAGCGACGACAGCAGCAUCACCUGGAUCAGAGCCAGAACAAAGAGGUGAACGUGCAGUGGCAAAGAGAAGAAUGACAGAGCAGCAGCAGCAGCAGUCAGAGACGACAUCAAAGAAGGUCAAGUCAAAGUCCACCAACAAGGACAAGACACCAGCCGAGAGCGCACCAAAGACCACGACAAUCGCAGCGACAAGCACACCAGUGUUGAGCUUCGCCGAGAACAACUCAGCACUGUAUUUGGCACCGGCCACCGCUUCCAAUCACAUCUCCAAGCAGCUGACAGUACUUGAUUCGCUUCUGUCUCCAUAUGGCGGCGCUAGCAGUGUGAUCAGCAGCACAGCAUCAUCAUCAGCAUCGACCACCAACGUCAGUUUAGAUAUAUCCAUUGUCGAACAAGAGCUGCCCGACAACAGUAUGGAGUACUUCUCAACGAUCAGAUGUCUGGCCGACGCCAUCCUAUGGGAGAACAAGAUCAAUGGCAAAGUGUGCAUUGCCACCGGUAACGCACAAUGGUGUGCAGUUGCCACUCAAGAGGCCAUCCUACACAUUUACAAGAACAAUGGUGCAUCAUUAAUGCCAAACAUUGUACUUAGGAACCAAGUGGCGUUCCUGGAAUGCAAUAGGUCUUCACAUCUGAUGGUGAUUACCAUCGAUAGGUACAUCAGUGUGUGGAACAUCACAAAGAGAAAGUAUGAGAUAUCCAACAGGGAGUUGCCAUUCUUACUAGGCAACAACAACAGCAACAGCAACAGUAAUGGCGCUAACAAGGACAAGUUAACCAUCAAACAUACAUUCCUGACAGAGGAGGGUAAACCAAUCAUUACACUGUCUAAUGGAUACAGCUAUGUGUUCACGACGGGCAUUGGAGAGUGGAUACAGAUUACCGAUAGAUUAGGUUCUCUUUCGGAAUUCAAUAGUAGUGAUCCUACCGGCAUUGGUAUCCUCUCAAAGUUACAACAACAACAACAAGGCACGCGACCAACCUCAAUGACCUCACUCUUGGCACUCUCCAACCAGCCAACCUCUGCCCAGCCCCAGAUCACAACAACCUUCCUCGAGAAACAAAUAUGGUUGGCAAUUGUGCUGGAGAGCCCGAAUGAGUAUAAACAUUGGAUGACGACUUAUGUGCGAUUCUUGGCGAAUAAUGGCAAUCAAGUCAGACUGCAGGAUCUGUGUAAUGAUCUGUUGGGACCAUCAAACUCGCCCAGGAUCGAUGUCUGGGAGCCAACUAUAUUGGGUCUAAACAAACGCGAUCUACUCAAAGAGCUAUUGCCUAUCAUUGCCAGCAACAGAAACCUUCAAAGAAUGGUUGGCCAGUACAAAGAGUCACUAUCAUCGUUCACCAGCAACAAUCCACUUGACAUCCUAUUCAGCUGA